AGACUAGGACUAGUCUUCCUUCUUCUUGGACCAAACAUGGUUCACACAGCUUGACUUCUGGAACUCAACUUGAUUUUGCUCUUAUUUUUCUUUUCUUCUAAUUUAGAAAUAUUUUGUUUUUUGUGUCUGUUUAUAAAACAUAUACUCCUCUAAAAGAUUGUCUUAGGUAAAAUGCAAACUGAUUCUUCAUCUCAAGAAAGUUGUUGAAAAACCCUUAGGUGUGGUUCCCCUCCUUUUUCCUAUAGUUUCAAUAAUCCUUUUCUAUGAAUCGGCAUACCAAUGGUCACAUAGGAAAGGUAAAGACUUAAAAGACUUGAGUUAGGUUAAUUAAUUCUGGAUCUUCCACAAAUAGAAUUCACAUCUGUACAUAUAGAGAAGUUGAGUUAAAAGACAGAAGGAAAGUAUCUUUGAUUAUCUCCUUAAUUACCCCAAAAUGGGUCUCUUAAAACUGUAAGUUUUUAAAAUUUUGUUUGUCAUAAGUUAAAUGUUUUCAGAGAAUUCCCUAAAUAAAUAAGGUCCUUGAUUUAAAAUUUAAUAAUGAAUGGACAAGAAUCUCCCAGGAUGUGAGCAGUGAAGGGAGUAACCACCCACAGAGACCAGAUCACGGAUUCAACGAAGCAGCAGAGUGCCCUAAGGUCCAUCUGCCCUCAACUUUAUUCCCAGAGAUCAUUUAUUUCUCUCCUUCAUUUUCAAGGGGGGUUGGGGGGAGGUGGUAAAGAUUCCAGGCAAAUUCUUAGUGCCUACCUUCUCAACCAAAAUUCUUAUAGAGUACUUUGACACCCAAGAGAUAGAUUAGUUUGGGAAACACUAAUGAAUUGAAAGACUACUUUGAAGGAAAGUGAUAAACAAUCCAGACCAAGUGCCAGCAAGUUCCUAGUCCUACUCCAUUUUCUCUGAAUCUCAAGAGUUAUCUUUGCAAGCAGCUUUUGAAAAGUAAAGCUUUAAGGCUUCAUAGAGUCUGUCCCCAUAUCUCAGAGCAAACUAAUGAUUAUUUAAAUAGCACUUUAUGUCCCAUACAAUGCACAGAUUUCCUAGGAUAUCGGUUAUUUAAUGUUUCUACUAGUUCAUAUUUUUAGUAAAUCUCUUAUUGUACUUAAAAACAAUAAAUUCUUUCUGUUUCUAGUUCUAGAUCCUAGCACAGUACUUAUUAGCUCAGUGAAAAUAAAUGAGGCUUUAUGUAAUUAUUCUGUUACUUGGUUGUGGAAUUAAAUUGUAUCUGUGUAAUCUUUGGCAAGUAAAAUUAACUACUCUGAGCCUCAGUUUCAUUAUCUCCAAGGUCGGUUACAGCCAUAAAAUUCUACAAAAAAUGAUAUUAUACGAUAAACAAGUUAAUGUUAUAAGAUUAAGUACUCCUGUGUGUGGUCUUUUUAUAACCAUGAGAAUUAACUGCUCCUUUGGAAAUUAAUAAUUCUAAUCCCAGGUCUUUCAGACCCUUCUAGUUCAAGUUCGGACCACAAACCUAGUUAGGGUUAGCACCACAAAUCUCUCAGGAAUCUAGUUCCAUAAAUGCCUUUCUCCCCUUGUACUCUAUUCCAGAGCCAUCAUAGAUCCUUUUCUUAUGGUACACGGGGGGAGGGAAAAAAAAAAAAAGCUUCGCCAAGAGGAUAGCUGACUGAGACCUUAGAGAUGCGGAAGGGAGAGGACUCCCGGAAUUAGGGAACCCAGACUGGGUUGUUGGCUGUCCGGUCUCACUAGAAUGUCCUAGAAGUCGGAACCACAGGAAACUCAUCUUAGCAGUUUUAGAGUGGGACAGGAAUAAAUGUUAGGAAAAGAAGUGCCUUUUAAUAGAAAAAUCAAAUAAUGGAGUAAAACAUAAUCAUCUUUAAUCAAUUAAAAUGAUGAAAUCAAAUCGCACUGCUGUCAAUCAAAUGGGGGAAAAAAUUCUCAGGAGAAUCCGGUUGACGGCAACUGUGAGAACGCUAGGAGAUAGCCCAAGUAUCUGCGUUGGACACGAGUUGGGCCUAGGGGUGCCGCCGGCCCCGCCCUAGGCGGGACAGCUCCAACCCUUUGGGAUCGAAGGACCAGAGGAUCCAAAGACCCCCACUCAGCGCAAUCCUAAAGAUCGAUCUACACUCCUCCCAGCUUGGAUUCCUCUCCCACUGACUGCCCCACACCUUUCCAAAGAGCUAAAACUAGCUGCAAACCACGAAAAUUGAAGGCGCCUUCUUCGACCCAUAGACACUACCUCUCUACCUACCUCAGAUCUUCCUGGUCCGUUGGUGACAUCUUCAAUUUGCCAUUGUAAGCCAUUGUAAGCCAAUAAACAAAGACGCCCUAGUCCUAAACUGGAUUUAAUUUUGGUUUUAGUACAUGAAAUAACUUUUUGUUUGUGUUUUGAACUUUGAUCUUUUUUUAUUUUUUAUUUUUAACCAUCAUUGCCCUUCCAUUCCGUGUUUGUGCAUUCUUUUUCGGGGAAGAUUGAUAUUUGACUCCCAGAAGAAAGAAAGGACUUGGACAAGGCUGCCCGUAAACGUCAGAGAAAUGUACCAGAGCCUUGCAAUGGCGGCUAACCACGGCCCCCCUCCAGGGGCUUACGAGACCGGAGGGCCCGGAGCUUUCAUGCAUGGAGCCGGAGCCGCCUCCUCCCCAGUCUACGUGCCCACUCCCCGAGUGCCGUCCUCCAUGCUAGGCCUGUCUUACCUGCAGGGCAGCGGAUCUGGGGCUGCUGGAGCCGGACCGGGAGGGAGUAGUUCUAGCAGCAGUGCGGGGGCAGCCGGGUCGGGAAGCGGGCCGUCCGCGCAGCAGGGCAGCCCUGCUUGGAGCCAGCCGGGGCCUGAGGGUGGCGCCUACACGCCCCCACCGGUGUCUCCCCGCUUCUCCUUCCCGGGAGCCACUGGCUCUCUGGCAGCGGCUGCAGCAGCAGCCGCUGCCAGAGAGGCAGCCGCCUAUGGUACAGGUGGGGCUGGGGGCGCAGCUGGUCUCGGAGGCCGCGAACAGUACGGACGUCCCAGUUUCGGAGGUACCUAUUCCAGUCCCUAUCCUGCCGCAGCCGCAGCAGCCUACAUGGCGGCUGCAGACAUGGGAGCAUCUUGGGCAGCAGCCGCAGCAGCUUCCGCCGGACCCUUUGACGGGCCAGUCCUACACAGCUUGCCCGGCCGGGCCAACCCAGCUUCAAGACACCCCAAUCUAGAUAUGUUUGACGACUUCUCUGAAGGUAGAGAAUGUGUCAACUGUGGGGCAAUGUCUACUCCUCUCUGGAGGCGAGAUGGGACAGGUCACUACUUAUGCAAUGCCUGUGGGCUCUACCACAAGAUGAAUGGCAUCAACCGGCCUCUUAUAAAACCUCAAAGACGUCUGUCUGCCUCCCGCCGGGUGGGGCUCUCCUGUGCAAAUUGCCAGACCACAACCACCACGCUAUGGCGCAGAAAUGCUGAAGGCGAGCCUGUCUGUAAUGCCUGUGGCCUUUACAUGAAACUGCAUGGGGUCCCAAGGCCUCUUGCAAUGAGGAAAGAAGGGAUUCAAACAAGAAAACGGAAGCCUAAGAAUCUUAACAAAGCCAAGACAACAACAGGUCCCUCAGGCAGUGAGAGUCUCACUCCCACCACCAGCACUGCCAGCAGCUCUAGUAAUACCACUAGCACCGAGGAGAUGCGUCCCAUCAAAACAGAGCCAGGGCUCUCCUCCCAUUAUGGACAUACUAGCCCCAUGUCUCAGUCAUUUUCAGUCAGCUCAAUGUCUGGCCAUGGGGCCUCCAUCCAUCCAGUCCUCUCAGCCCUGAAGAUCUCUCCUCAGGGCUACCCAUCUCCAGUCAGCCAGUCCUCACAGGCUGGCACCAAGCAGGACUCCUGGAAUAGCCUCGUCUUAGCUGAAAGUCAUGGGGACAUCAUCACUGCAUAAUCUCACCUCUUUCUCCACCUCAAACUCCUCACAUGGACUCUGGGAUUUGGGAGGCUAGGGGAGAGAGGAAUUUGGGGCUUUAUGUAUCCAGAAUUCCUCAUCCUUCCCCUUGAUGAGACUGACUCCAGAAGAAUGAUUUGGAAGAAACUCAAAGUAGGAAAACUGGAAAGAGUCUGGAUCAUUGAGUACAAGAGACCCACCUUCCACAGACCAAAUGGAGAAAGCUUCUUCAUUGUAUUCAAUGACCAUUUCUCAUGUGACUUCUUCCUAUGAGAUUUCCUGAUUGGGAGAUCUUUUCCUUUUUACCAUUUCACUCCCGUGACCUAAGACUCCAGGCUUUGCCUGGAAUACAAAGCCAUGCCAGAGAAGAAUAUCUGAUUGGGUACCACCCCCUCAGCUGAGCUUAAUGACUUGGGGAUGGCAAGGUUUGAGGGCUGGGAAGAUCUUUCUGGAAACCAAUGAUUCUUAUUCCCAUGCUCUCUGAACCAAUGAGGCACCUCUCAUGCAUAAUAUAACAUGUGUCUUCCUUGCCUCCUCUCUCAGGCUUUUUCAAAGGUUGUGGACCAAGUUAUAUGUAUGAUGAUGAAAUAUUAACCAGCUUAAAUGUUUGACUGAUUUUUUUUUCAAAUGGAAAUCUUCUACCUGGCAGGUAAAAGCCUCAAGAGAGUUGGAAAAAAAAAUAUCCCACAGAGGAAAGCACUGUGUGUGACCCCUUGGAAAGCUUCCACUGUGAGCCUCUCUGGAAUUGGUCUUCUUUCCUUCUCUACCUUACCCCAUUAUUGCUGUCCUAGAAUACUGCUGAUUGAAAGAGGGCCUCAGGGCCCCCAUAAAGACUCUUUACCAUGAUCUUUUUCUUUCUCAUAAACACUGCUGUAACCAUCUAUGACAUUACCUACCCCUGACCCAAAAGAAUCUAUAAGUAGCAAAGAGCAUCUUUAAAACAAGGUUCAAUUUUAAUCUCCCAUUUUGUUCCCUUCCAUGAAGGAUGGACGCCCACACCCUCCCUGACCCCACAGCCCUUUUAACAUUGUCUUAAAGUGAGGUUGCUGUAAAAUCAGUAUUUAACUAAUAAAUUUAUCUCUGCUAAACUUUC